CCUGGACUGGGCUGACAGUACCUAGUGGCCUGGCACAGACACGCCUGCAGACAUUCCCUGGGAAAGGGCAGCAGCCGCCAGGUGUGAAUGAGGCAGGAUGAACUGGACAGGUUUGUACACCUUGCUCAGUGGCGUGAACCGGCAUUCCACGGCCAUUGGUCGCGUAUGGCUCUCGGUCAUCUUCAUCUUCAGGAUCAUGGUGCUGGUGGUGGCCGCGGAGAGCGUGUGGGGUGACGAGAAGUCUUCCUUCAUCUGCAACACCCUUCAGCCUGGCUGCAACAGCGUCUGCUACGACCACUUCUUCCCCAUUUCCCACGUGCGCCUGUGGUCUCUGCAGCUCAUCUUGGUGUCCACCCCGGCUCUCCUCGUGGCCAUGCACGUGGCUCACCAGCAGCACAUAGAAAAGAAGAUGUUGCGCCUCGAGGGUCACGCGGACCCCCUGCACCUGGAGGAGGUGAAGAGGCACAAGGUUCACAUCUCAGGGACACUGUGGUGGACCUAUGUCAUCAGCGUGGUCUUCCGGCUGCUGUUCGAGGCUGCCUUCAUGUACGUCUUUUAUCUGCUCUACCCCGGCUAUGCCAUGGUGCGGCUCGUCAAGUGUGAGGCCUACCCCUGCCCCAACACGGUGGACUGCUUCGUGUCCCGCCCCACCGAGAAAACCGUCUUCACGGUCUUCAUGCUGGCCGCCUCUGGCAUCUGCAUCAUCCUCAACGUGGCCGAGGUGGUGUACCUCAUCAUCCGGGCCUGUGCCCGCCGAGCCCAGCGCCGCUCCAAUCCGCCCUCCCGCAAGGGCUCGGGCUUCGGCCACCGCCUCUCACCUGAAUACAAGCAGAAUGAGAUCAACAAGCUGCUGAGCGAGCAGGACGGCUCCCUGAAAGACAUACUGCGCCGCAGCCCCGGCACUGGGGCCGGGCUGGCUGAGAAGAGCGACCGCUGCUCGGCCUGCUGAUGCCACACACCAGGCAACCUCCCAUCCCG